AUCAAGAAGAUUUUGAAAAACCAAGGUUUAGAGGCAGAAUUCCUCCAGCUGCCAAAGUCCCCUUCAAGUUGUCUGACCCAACAGAUGACAGACAGAUAGAGGUACCAGCUCCUUUGAAUCAGCAUCUGAGGGAUUACCAGAGAGAAGGGAUAAAAUUCCUAUAUGACCACUACAAUGAAGGAAAAGGGGCCCUUCUGGGGGAUGACAUGGGGCUGGGGAAAACUGUACAGGUCAUUGGUUUACUAGCAGCACUACUUGGGAAAAAGAACAAUAAGGCAGACAUCAUGAAACAAAAACCAAGAUUCAUUAGAGAGAUGUCAGAUAACAGUCUAGAAGACAAGCUAGAUGAAGACACAACAUACAGAUGUCGGCCAUUUCUUAUCAUUGGUCCGGGGAGUGUGCUGUAUAACUGGAUGGAUGAGUUAGAAGCCUGGGGCUACUUUACUGUGGGGAAAUACCAUGGUGGUGAGAAGUCGGAAUGCCUGUCCAAAUUAGAAAAACAAAGUUUAGAAAUAGUUGUGACUACUUUUGAGACUUUCAGAGAAAAUCUGAGUGAGCUGAAUUCAGUGAAAUGGGAAGCUGUCAUAACUGAUGAAGUUCACAGGAUCAAGGGAUUAAAAGCCCAGGUGACCAAUGCUCUUCGAUCAGUAAAAACUAGACGUCGGUUUGGACUGACGGGAACAGCUCUACAAAACAACAUGACAGAACUUUGGAGUAUUUUAGAUUGGGUCCAGCCUGGUUGUCUUGGCAGCAUUGAUGUAUUUACAGAAGAGUUUGUGGUUCCCAUAGAAACAGGUCAGAAAAGAGAUGCCACAAAGAGGGAGCUGGCUAUGGCCAGAAAAGUGAAAGAGAAAUUUGCUGCCAUCAGAAAUAAGAUCAUGCUUAGAAGAACUAAGCAACUGAUUGCUGACCAACUGCCACAAAAAGAUGAUAAUGUUGUGUUCUGUCGCCUGAGUGACCUACAAGAACAGGUGUACCAAUUUAUCCUGGAACACCCAGGCCUGAAGCAUGUGAUGUCAAUGGAUGACCCUUGUCACUGUGGCAGCGGGGAACCCCGUAAAUACUGCUGUAAGCAAGUGAUGAAGGAGGUGACUGUUACGGGGCUUCAGUUUAUUUUUAUGCACCUCCUGCUGAAGGUCUCUAACCAUGCUGCUCUACUGGUCGAGAACCCCCAUCGUGAACUGUCCCAGUACUCCAAGAUGAUCUGUAAAUCAGUGUUUGAGGAGUUUCCUCAUUUCUACAACCACACCAGGGAGUCGGCAUUUAGAACCCUGUCUGAUCCUAAGUACUGUGGCAAAAUGAGGAUCCUGCAGAGGUUGUUGAAAGUUUUCCAGAGAGACCACAGCAAGGUGCUCAUCUUCUCCUACAGUACCAGGGUAUUAGACAUUAUUGACCAGUAUCUAAUCACCACUGGGUACGAGUACCGGAGACUAGAUGGCAGCACUAGUAUGUCCAAGCGGUCAGUGCUGGUCAGAGAAUUCAACAAAGAUCCAAACAUCUUCUUGUUCUUAAUCUCAGCUAAAGCUGGGGGAUUGGGUUUAAAUCUGACAGGAGCUAAUAGAGUUAUUAUUUUUGAUCCAAGCUGGAAUCCAACCAAUGACCUCCAAGCACAGGAUAGAGCCUACAGGAUUGGUCAGUGGCGAGAUGUACAUGUGUACAGGUUAAUAUCAUCUGGUACCAUAGAAGAAAAUAUCUACCUGAGACAGGUGUACAAACAGCAAUUAGACAGUGUAGCUGUUGGGACAGAGAAUGCCAGGAGGUACUUCCGGGGGAUAGCUGGUGACAGGAAGAGGUACGGGGAACUGUUUGGAAUAAAGAACAUGUUCCAGCUCCACACUGGAGACUCCAGCAGGACAAUGGAGAUACUUAAGCAAAAUGAGAACCUGGAGGAGAGUCUGACAGAGUUUAGAAUGGCUAAGUAUGUCCCUGGGGCGAGUCGCAGAGUUAGUGUGGGAGAGGAGGACCAGGAGGAAGUUGGGAGUGAAGAUUCCCAGACAAGCGAGGAAGAGGAAGACUAUCUGUCCAAAUAUCUGGAUUUACAUCACAGUGAUAGUGAAGCAGAGGAGGUCAAAAGUAAAAUGUCAAAGGUCAAGAUCAAGAGAAAGAACAGUAAAGGAAAGGAUUCACCCACAAAAGAAGGAACCCUAUUAGGUGAUGAGGAUGUUGUUCACGUGUUGAAGAAUAGUAAGAUUGUGGGAGGGAGUCGGGCGGAGGAUCACAUGUCACGGUGUGCCAUACAGGACGUGUUUGAGCUCCACCAGAAUUCCCAGGAACUGGCUGCCCACUGCCAGCCACUAUCAGAGCCUGAAAGUGAGGAAGAUGUAAAAGAAAUCAAAGAAAACAAAGCUUUAUCGUAUUCCACCACAGUAGGAAAUAAAAGAGUGCUUAUUGGUCAAACCCCUCCAUUAAUUAGAAUGAAGCAUUUUCAAGAGAUGACAAGGUUCAAGAAAAAGGCAGCAAUGGUAGAGCUGGCUGAAGAUAUACUGAAAUCUUCUUCUGGUGAAAGAAAAAAUAUGCUAGAGCAUUUCUACACACAUUUACACCCUGACAUUUCUAAUAUUUUCAAAAAAGAAUCAACAAAAAUGGAUACUACUUUAGAAAAUAAUAGGAAAGCAGAUUCCAAUAAAGAGAGACAGAGAAAGAAGAGAAAAUCUUCAAAUAGUAGUAUGAUAAAGAAAUCACCCAUAAAACCAUCACCCUGUGUUGUGACAAGAGAAACAUUUACGACUGACGUCAAGAAACAAGGUGUAAACGUGGUUAGAAAAAGAAAACCUCCCCUCUUUGUACCAAGUUACAUUGAGAUAAGUGAUGAUGGAACAAUGGAUACCUCACACGAGGGUGUGGAUUUCAGCACAGAUGAUUUGCUGCAGGAAAUAGCCAAACAGAAUGAUGAAAAGAAUGCUGAAGAGGUCGGUCAGAAGGAGGAAAGAGUGACAGAAGUGGAUGAAGAGAGAAUCAGAGAAGACAUUGAAGGGCCUAGCACCUCAGAUACAUCAGUUCUGGAUGAACUCUUCUCACCUUCCCUGAUGGCAAGAAUUCAAAGAAAACCAGCACCAAAGAAAAGUAGACAGGGAAAGACUAAAUGUGAUGGGUCAGAUGAAUUGUUUUCAGACUCUUCCUCAGCCAAGGGGGAGGGUGGGGAGGAAGGAAGAAUUAGAAUGGACAACACAUUAAAGGAUGAUGAUUUAGACUGUUUCACUGACCCAUCAAGGAAAAGGAGGAAAGGGUCAAGGGCACAGAAGAUUGUGUCAAGGUUAAUUGAGGAGAGCGAGGCCACAUACAACAGACUUCCGAAGGUGGCCAUUGGAAGUCAAUUAGAUCAAGUGGAAUCAUGUGACAGAAGUCCGAGAUAUUCUGUCACAGCAGCCAAUCAGUUCAGGGUGUCGUCAGAAAAAACAGACGGAAUCGCAGUUCAAUGGCGAGAAAUUCACGUGAUUUACCGAAGCAUUGUGACAAAUAUUGGACAGUUUGAUGUAGAGGCAUUCUCUUUUACGGGAGUUACAGAAAUGCCACAGGGAAAAGAAAUUUCAGAUGCAAGUUUUAAUUCCGGAUCCGGUGGUCAAGCAGCGCCACCUUACGUUACUUUGAGUAUUCUGGUGGCGGGAGUGGUAGGCGGUGUGGUGAUUGUGGUGGCGGUUCUCUUUUGCUGUAAAUGCUGCUCGGAAAAAUCAAAGUCAAGAUGGAGAUUGAACAUAAGGGAUUCCUUACACUUUACUGAUAUAGAGAGGAGCGUGACGUCACCAACCUCGAAAUUCGAAAACGCCCAAUCUGACUUGUUUUCAGACCCCAGCAUCGGGUCCGUGGAAGGAAUCCUGUCCAAUCCCCGACCGGACCUCAAUAAAAAUGGAGAAGCAGAGCAGCUAUUCUACGAGGCAUCAGAAACAACGAAACUGAAAACGGACUUUGAAAGAGAGGACUAUAAAAAUGACCUGGGUAAUUUGGAAUAUUCCAAAGAAGAACCGAUUUCUCCUCCAGAGGAACCAACAAACGACAAAGCCUCAAGAUACACCGACGGAGAUUUCCAUCAUCUUAAAAGAUCCAGAAUUGGAAAAGUUCCCCGCCAGUAUUCUCUCGGAACAAGGAACCCGGAUGCUACCAAUGGCGUGGAACCACUAGACCAGACAGUUCUAGAAAAAAUACAAAAACCCACGGUGAGUGAGGAAGAUUACGUGACUCCUCAAUACACUGGAAAUGAAUCUCCCUCACCUUCAAGUACCCCCCUGAAAACGGAGGUGGCUGUAGAAAUACAUCACAAUGCUCAGGAAAACAAAUCAGUCCCGAGCUUGCCGAAGUUCAAACCAACAGUGAGCGAGAAGAAACAGUGGCGAUUUAAGUUGUAUUCACAAAGUUUGGACAUUGCAUCGGAUGAUUACGAACAUAAACAAGAAGAGCGAAGAUGUAAGAGUUACCAGGACAUCGGGGACUAUGAUGUACUCCAGAUAACGGAGUUCAAAGGUCCCUUCUUUAACACAGAUUUCGACGCCAUUUCAGAAUUAGGGUCGUCAAGCAGUAGCAAGGUAAGGUAUAAUGAUACAGGAAGUAUCGAACAGCUUAAUGAUGAAAACCUAGAUAGUCUGGAAUUCUUUGAAGAGUUUGAGAUGGAUACAUUAAGGAUUGAUGACAGUGAUGAUAAUGAAACAAUUAACGGUACACAAAAAUACCGCGAUCUAUGGCAUCUAAGAACCACUUUUGAAGAAGAGGAGGAAUGUAGUGAUACAAUACGAAUGGAGGACAUGACUUCGCCAGAUCAGUCACCUGAUGCCGAUGUCCAGAACGUAUUUGAUUCUCAAGCAAAUUCUUCUGAUGAUCAACCAAAAGGUAGAAGGUCUAGUUCGGUUGGAUCAGUUCCAACUAAAGAAUCGACCUUAAAUCCCGAGUCAGAAAUUAGACGUAGGACAUACAAAAAUAUCCUUGAACGACGAAGUGAGCAGCGUUCGAUACACUGCUCUCCAAAUGCGGAAAACAGUUUUGAUAGCAUUACAACUGUUGACACCGACGGCGACCGCUCAGAUACCAGUCGACCGGAAGUGACGACGACUUCAUUUGAGUCAACAACCGAUAACACAGACAGCACAACAGAAAGUCAGAACCAUAAACUGAUCCAGAUGAAAGCCGACAGUGGGUACAAGUCACUAGAAACUCCAAAUCCUUCACAUCUAUUUAAAAGAAAUCACAGUACUGGAGAAAUUGAGGAAGAAAUAGUAGAAUUAGAACCACUUACUGAGAAACUAUUUGUUCAUGCGCACUCCCUUCCGGAGAGCGGAUCUUCCGGUGAACGCGCCUAUUUUGAUAGACGCACAGGCAAAACUGCCUCUCGAAAAAGACGAGAGUAUCGUAGAGAACGGCAAAUGGUUCAAGUGUAUGAAAGCAUUAACGAACCAGAAAGCGAUUCAAAAUCCGAUCAACAGUCUGUUGAAAGUCUGAAAGUUGCUUCACCUUCCAGCAAAUUCUCUGUGUUUUCUCGAUUGUUUAAGUCAAAUAAAGACCACAAAGAAAAGCAGUAUGCUACUCGUGACUAUUCUAUAGAUGAAAAAUCCAACAGGGUGUUCCAGGAAUUUUUACGGUUUGACCCUGCGCUGGAAAACAGGCCACGUUCAGCAAGUCAACCAAGAAUACAUUUACCAAAACACAGACUUCACAGAAAACACUCAGAUGUCAAAUAUUUUGAGGAAAGACGUCGGGAUAGGCUGGCGCCAGACAAACGAAGUUUAAGUUUAGGAAGUGACAGCAGCACCAGUUCUAUUCGAAGACUCUCGCCCCAGGACAGUAUUGAAGAGGAAGAUUACGAGGAUGUUCGAAAGGAAGAGGAAGAGAGCAAGUCAUGUGAUCCACUGUUACAGAGAGCGUUUUCCGGUCACAUGGUACAAACCUUACCCCUACCGGAAGAAGAGAUUGGUACGGAGGAGGCGUAACCUCGUGUCCUAUUUCUUACAAUCAAUUUACAACAAUUCCAUAACUUUGUCACAAUUUUAAUUGACCUUGUUUACUGUUCUGCAGUAAUCUUUAUAUUUAUAUGAACAAUUGGUGCAAAUAUCAUUUUAUAAAACCAUUAACUUAGAUUGGAUUUAGAAUUUAAGUGGUAGAGAAAAACUGUUAUUUGAUAUGUUUUAAUAUUAUCCACAGACAAAUGUGCUUAUACAUGUUAUAAUGGCAUCCAAAACGAUGUGUUUUUUUACAUUAAUAUUGUUCAGCAUUGAAUAUACCUUCCCAAUAUUUUUUUCUAUUUUAUAUUCUUUUUUAAGUUAGAAACCUUAUCAAAGAAAAUAAAUGUUCAAAUUUUACUACAUUAAAUCAAUGAAACCAA